AUGGCAGCUGCCGUCGCGUCUCAGCCUGCAUCAUCCAUCCCAACCUACCACCAAAUACCAGAAACCCAGUAUGAACUUGACUGGGCACAACUUGCCACGCUUGAUCUCUCUCAGUUUGACCAACCUGGUGGCAAGGAGAAAUUAGCCAAGCAGCUGUCCGAGGCCAUCGAGAAAAUCGGAUUCUUCUACAUUACUGAUUUUGGACUCACUCAAGAGCAAGUGGAUCGUCAAUUUGCGAUAGGAAAGGAAGUCUUUCAGCUCUCGACGGAAGAAAAGCUCAAGUAUAGGGCAGACCUUGAAAAUGGAGGCUACAAUGGAUACAAGCCUCUUGGUCUUCGGGAAGUGAGACCUGGUGUGCACGACAAUACCGAGAUUUACAACAUUCCCAAGUUCAUACCAGAGCUGGAACGGCCGCACCCAGAUGUCAUCAACACCAACCGGGCCGAGAUUGAGCACUUUGCGCGGCACAUCAACGACCACGUCGUGGGACGGCUGCUCGUGCUCUUUGCCAUUAUUCUCGAGCUGCCCGAGGACUACUUUCUGCAGCGGCACCGCUACAACCAGCGCAGCGACUGCCACCUGCGCUACAUGAAGUAUCACCACCGUACCGCCGAGCAGAACAAGAUUCUAGAAAACGUCUGGGUCAAGGGCCACACUGAUUUCGGGAGUCUGACCCUCUUGUUCCGCCAGCCCGUCGCGGCGCUCCAGGUCCGCACCCCCGAGGGCAGUUGGAAGUGGGUCAAGCCGUACCCGGGCAGCAUCACGGUCAACGUGGCCGACUCGCUCGAGUUCCUGACCAAUGGCUUCCUCAAGAGCAGCAUCCACCGCGUCGUCGCCCCGCCGCCCGACCAGGCCGACGUCGACCGCCUCGGCGUCCUCUACUUUGUCCGCCCCGAGGACACGCUCGAGCUCCGCCCCGUCGUCAGCGACGUGCUGCAGCGUCGCGGCUACGACAAGUCCACCGACGGUGCCGCCGUCGGCAUCACGGCCGGAGAAUGGGUCAAGGCCAGGGUGGCCAAGGGCGUGGCCAAGGAAAAGCCCAGAAGUGAAGUUGCCGAGCAGAACAUCAUUGGCGGAAAGUCGGCAAAGUAUUAUGAUUGA